AUGCCCUACCUAUCCUUACCCUGGUAUAUACUGAGACCUGCGGCGGGCGGGCGAACCUCACGAUGUAGCAGCUCCCAGACACUGACUGGGCCUAAACAAAACAACGACCUCCCCCGUCUAUUUUGGUCUGUCUUUCUGCGUCGUUUUGGAAGACGGGAAUGCGGUCCCACCCAGGGUGUCUUGCGGUGUUUGGGACGGACAGGUGCCUGGGAUGAUCCCGCCCCCUCGGAGAGUUCCUACAAGCUAACUUCAGGCAAGGCGAGAAUCGACAGCAGUGCUACGGGAUACCCAGCUUUCGUGAGUCGGGGAAUCAAGAGUCGAAACCCGCGAAGAAAUGGAAUCUUCAUGCACGUGGAGGAAGGUCACUUCCAAGUUUGCGUCACUUUCCUUCUGAGGGCCUUACAUAACAAAUACGUACCCAUCUUCUUCUCCUUCUUCGUUCCUUCCAACUUGCAUCUGCACCUGCACCUACGGGGUAUGUACACCUGCACCUCUCCUGCCUCGCCUUACUUUUUCGACCCAUCCAGCUCCCGUCGGUCGUCACCACCGCCGUUCCAUCCGUCUGAUGUCGAGCGUGCCUUGCCAGUAGUCGCCUCACAGUCUCACGUCAACUAUCGCUCCUCAGUCGAAAUGCAUGCUCUCGCUUCUACAAUUCCAACACGUCUCUCUCCACAGCAUGUCUCUGCAUCUGCCAACUCAGCAAAAUGCCUCCACCUUGGAUCCAGAUUCACAGACAGCCCCGGAAUGGCCUCCUCCAACCCAUGCCUCAGAGAGUGGGUGCCCCUAUUAGGACGAGCUGUCAAGCAGAAUGACGGAUUCUUCAAGGUGGCCCGCCAAGGCACCUCGCGAAAGGUGUGCAUCCUCUACCCGCAACCAAUCACGAUACGGCCCGUCCCCAUUGCGUGCCGCUGCUCCGCAUCCCCCGUGAUGCCCGGAGUCUUUCGAGUCCGAGAAUUCCGAAGCGGCCCAUCCUAUGACCGGCAUCACCUGCAGUAUGGCAUGGGACCCUCCCGGGCCUCUUGCCUGGAGUCCUGCCGCAGCCUCACACACCAUGCUCGCAUAAGCGACAAGACUAUUCGCAAGCACUCGUACAAACAUAUGUUCCAGGAUCUAUCGGGAGGGAGACAUAUCCAUAGUGAGGGUCUUCUGUCGGAUACGUCAAACAAGCGUUUGGAUACGACGUCACACCUGUCAAGAGAGAGGUGGUUGGGUUGUCAAUCCAUGAUUGGCCCUAAAGCAAGUGUAACGCACCCCGGACAACUCAACAUUGCUGGUGGAGCUCUUUCGACGAUCACAGAUCUGAAGAUGGAAGGAAAGCUCACCGAUCUACACCGACCAUAUCAUUAG